AUGAUUUCCUUAUCCUCCCCCUCUUCUAUUUGUAUCCUCUUUUAUACCCUUGUUGUAUUUUUGAUUACUUUUGCCACCACCUCUGGUUCGUAUGAUGGAAACAAGAGCGAUCAUUUGGCGUUGGUGUCGUUCAAGUCAUUGAUUAGUAAUCCAUAUGGAGUUCUAGCCUCAUGGAACUCUUCCUCCCAUUUCUGCAACUGGAGUGGUGUUUCAUGUGGGAAGCGACAUAGAAGAGUGACUGCGAUAAACCUACAAUCGAAAGGCCUCCAAGGCUCAUUGUCUUCUCAUGUAGGAAAUUUGAGCUUCCUUAGGUUGUUAACACUUAGGAACAACAGCUUUCAAGGAGCCAUCCCCCAUGAGCUUGGUCGUCUAUUUAGGCUACGUUUCCUUAUAUUGUCCGAAAACAAAUUCAACGGAGUCAUUCCUGCUAACUUGUCUGGUUGUUAUAACCUUGAAAAGCUUUGGCUUGAAAUUAAUAAUCUAGUUGGAAGCGUACCCUUGGAGAUCACUUUCCUUUCGAAACUUACCGUUCUUUCAUUGGGUUCAAAUAACUUAACCGGAGGAAUCUCACCUUUCUUGGGAAAUAUGACAUCCAUGGAAGCAUUCUCUGUUACAAACAAUCCAUUGGAUGGGAGCAUUCCGCACACUUUAGGUCGCUUGAAAAACUCAAAGAUCUUUUACGCUGGUGAAUGUAACUUACAUGGAAUAAUACCUCACUCCAUCUAUAACCUUUCGCUCCUAAGUAAUUUUUCGUUGGCUGCAAAUCAGCUUACGGGUACUCUUCCGCCUACACUUGGGUCAAUGCUCCCUAAUCUUCAACUUUUUCAACUAUGGGGCAAUCAAUUGUCGGGUCUUCUUCCCCCGUCAAUAUCUAACUGUUCGAAAUUAGAUUUUCUUGAGAUGCGUAACAACAAUUUUAGUGGGAAAUUGACGAUUGACUUCGCAAAGCUAAAAUACAUUUCUUAUAUAAAUUUGGAAUUUAACAACUUCAAUGGAGGUGGGGAUGCAAAUGAUAUGAACUUUAUUGUUUCUUUGGGAAACUGUAGCAUCUUAGCAAAACUGUUUCUUGGUUAUUGCAAUUUUCAAGGAGUUGUUCCGACCUCAGUCGGUAAUCUUUCUCAUCAACUCAGUCAUCUAGAAUUAGGAGGAAAUCAACUAUAUGGAAGCCUCCCUUCAAGUAUAGGAAAUCUUGUAGGUUUGACCUAUUUAACUUUAGAAGAAAACCAACUCACGGGGAAAAUCCCCUCUACCAUUGGCAUGCUUUCAAAACUACACGAGGCUUACUUUUAUGAAAACCAAUUCUCAAAUACAGUUCCUCAUGCAAUAGGGAACUUAUCAAUGUUAACUUUGAUUUAUUUAGGCUCCAACAGAUUGGAAGGGGAUAUCCCACCAAGUAUGGGGAAUUGUCAUCAGCUUCAGGGGUUGUACCUUCAGAACAAUAAACUAAGUGGCAAAAUACCUAAAGAAAUUCUUCAACUAAGUUCUCUAAUCUUUUUAUAUCUUUCAAAUAAUAGCCUCUUUGGUUCAAUCCCAACUGAGGUUGAAGAUCUCAAAUCAUUGAACGAGCUGGAUUUAUCUCAUAAUCAUUUAUCAGGUUUUAUUCCGAGUAGCCUUGGCCGUUGUACUAGCCUUACCUACUUACACAUAAACAACAACUUAUUUCAAGGAAUGGUACCAUAUUCAUUAAGUCUUGUAAAAGGACUGGAAGAACUCGAUCUUUCUCGCAACAAUUUAUCAGGCCAAAUUCCUCCGUUCUUAGAAUGGUUCUCUUUAAAAUACUUGAAUCUAUCUUUUAAUGAUUUUCAAGGUCAAGUACCGGUAAAAGGAGUAUUUUCCAAUGCAAGUGCAUUCUCCAUUUCGGGGAACAAUAGACUUUGUGGUGGCUUAGUUGAACUUAGGUUACCCAAAUGUGAAAUGGCAAGGAAACAUAACAAAAGGUUCACAUUGUUUAUUAUAGUUAUUUUAGUUUCUUGUACAGUCCUUUCCGUAUUAUCUAUAUUCUAUGUUUGGUUUAAAAAGAAAAAUAAUGGGCAACUAUCUCAGUCAUCCAUCAAUGAAAGAUUCUUAAAAGUUUCGUACGAUCAACUCCUCAAGGCUACUGAUGGCUUCUCUGAAGCGAACUUGAUUGGCCAGGGUGGCUCAAGCUCUGUUUAUAAAGGAACCCUUGAUCAUGAUGACGAAUUCGUUGCAGUAAAAGUUCUACAUCUUCGAAUUCGGGGAGCUCACAAAAGAUUUAUAGCGGAGUGUGAAGCAUGGCGAACUAUCCGACACCGGAAUUUAUUAAAGAUAAUAACUUCGUGUUCGAGCAUUGACUUUCAGGGCAACGAUUUCAAAGCUUUGGUUUACGAGUUCAUGCCUAACGGGAGUUUACAUGAUUUGCUACAUUCAAAUGCAAAUAGAUCUAGACUAAACUUAUUUCAAAGAAUUAAUAUUCUCAUCGAUGUUGCAUCCGCACUUGAUUAUCUUCAUAACGAGUGUAUACCAACCGUUGUUCAUGGAGAUAUGAAGCCUAGCAAUAUUCUACUAGAUAAUGAUAUGGUGGCCCAUGUUGGAGACUUUGGUUUCGCGAAAUUUGUUGGAAACAAUUCAAACCAAAACAACUCAACGGGGGUUAAAGGAACAGUUGGAUAUACACCUCCCGAGUAUGGUUUAGGGAGUAAGAUGACAAGUAGUGGGGAUGUGUACAGCUUUGGAAUAUUAUUACUAGAGGUUAUGACCAAGAAAAAGCCGACUGAUGACAUAUUCAACGAAAACCUUAGCCUCCAUAAGUUUGCUUAUGUGGCCUUGCUAGACCAAGUAAUUGAUGUGCUUGAUGUUGAUAUUGUUGUCAUGCAAAGUACUGAAACAAAUGCACGAAAAAUGGAAGAAUGUUUGGCUGCAACUAUUAGGAUUGGAGUAUCAUGCUCUGUAGAUUCCCCAUCACAACGGAUGAAUAUCAACAAUGCUCUCCACAAGUUGUUGCAUGUUCGGGCUACCCUUGAAAAUCUUGAGGUUUAACACCAAGCUUGCCUGGCACAGUCCAAAGUAGAUGCGGUAAGGAGUGGUAUAUGCUGUGGUUAAAUAUUUGUUAUUAACAGUGUACUUUAACUACCUGUUAAUGUUUGUUUGUAUGUUUCGUGCUAUAAUAAAUUAAAUAAAUUUGUGUGUUGUUUGUCACCUCAUAGAGUAAAGGUUCUAACAAAAUUAUCAAGUCUACCCGUUACUGUGAGAUGUUUGAAGAUCACAAUAUUCAUUUGAUCUUCCGGAGACUCAUUAAAGCAUUACGACUGUGUUUUCACUAAUAAAU